AUGGAAUCAGAGCAGGUCGACCCUCCUGGGUCGAUCCUGUGCAUGGGCCCACCAAAACUUCCGCUGUCCUCACUGCCUAUCGCGCGCCUCGGGCGCGCGCUAUCUUUCGGGCGCGCGGCCUUUUUUCUUCCCGCCGCGCGGCGGUUUUCUGCCCGUCGCGCCGCCCUGGGGGCAGCGCGACGCCCUGAUCUGCCCGUCGUGCGCCCCGUGGCGCGCGAUGGUGCCCUGCCCGUCGCGCGCCCCGGGGCGCACGGCGGUUUCGUCGCCCCGGGGGGCUCGUGCGUGGCCCCCUCGUCGCCCGUCGUGGCGCCCUCGGGGGCCCGCGCGGCCCCCCUUUCCGUCGCCCGGCGUGGCGCCCUUGGGGGCCCGCGCGCGACCCCCUCCCGUCGCCCGUCGAGGCGCCUUCGGGGGCCCGCGCGCGGCCCCCUCCUGACGCCCGCAGUGGCGCCCUCAGGGGCCCGAGCGCGGCUCCCUCCUGACGCCCGCCGUGGCGCCCUCGGGGGCCCGCGCGGCCCCCAUCCCUGUCGCCCGUCGUGGCGCCAUUGGGGGCCAACGCGCGCCCCCCCCCUCCUGACGCCUGUCGUGGCGCCCUCGGGGCCAGCGCGCGGCCCCCCCACCCGUGCCGUCGCCCGCUGUGGCGCCCUUGGGGGGGGGUGA